AUGCCAUUGAGUGAGAGGCAGAACAAUUCAAUAGACAUAUCUGCCAUUGAUAAUCUUUGCGCUGCGUUUGGCGAGACCUUGGCAUCUGCCCCUGAUGUUCAGAAAUACAAUGAUGCCGUAACUGAAGUUUUCCGGUUAAGAGGAUAUUCUGAGUCUGGGAAGUUACGUGCUGAUGUAGCCGACAGCAAAACUUUUAAAGAUAGCCAGAAAAUUGAAGAAAUAUUGACCAGAUCUUACCAAGACCAUUCUGAGUCCCGGGCGCAUUUAUCAAAGUAUAUACAAGAAGAUAUCCCUUUUGCACUCAAUUUGUUCGAAACACUAUCAAGAUCAUCUGUACAUGUUCUCGUUGGUUGCUUUUCCGACAAAAAUGCAACAACUGAAUUGCUAAAUGAAUUGCAAGUGAGAAUACAUUAUGGUGAGGAUGUUCACGCCACAUAUUUACUCAGCGUGGUUCUUCAACUAUUGAAUAAAUUCAAAUAUGACUUUAAAGAUGUCCGUUUUUUAGUGAAGGAACUCAUUUUACGCAUAAAUGAAGAUGAAGUGAAAUCGAUGAUGCUCAUAAUUUUUGCUGAACUGCAGUCAAAUUUUCAGGAGGACUUUGACAAAGCUGUCGUCGAUUUCAUGAACAGUCUAAUUGUCGAGGCGGAAAUCGGUGUGGGAAAUGAUCCAUUGUCCAUUAUAGUCAAAACUCUCUCUGAAUUGUAUCCUUCGUUAACGGCACUGUGUUCCGAGAUAUUUUUAAGCAAUGGACUAAGUAAACUUUUAAAAAAAAGAGUGUUUGAAGAACAGGACUUGCAGUUCACGAAAGAGCUGCUACUACUAUUAUCUGCUGCAUGCAUUGACGAGACCAUGAGGGUGUACACUACUGAAAAUUACCUUCAACUCUUAGAAACAUCAUUGAACUUGAAAGAUAUACAAAUUUACUCUGCACUGGUGCUAGUUAAGACAUGGUCUUUCACAAAGUUAACAAACGUAAACAUAACACGACUGUCUGAAAUCUUCAUAAGUGCUUUAUCAAGAUGUUCAAUAACUAAAAUAGAAGACGCAAAUGAACCUACGGUUGGAUCUGAGGAGAUUACCAAAGUUGAAAUGUCGGUUGAAGCGCUGGCAUAUUUAAGUCUUAAACCUUCAGUUAAGAAUAUGAUCAGAACUAAUGACGGCUUUAUUAGAAUACUAUUAAGUAUGAUCAAAGGCCAGAAGAUGACGCACUUCUUAUACGGUCUUUUGGUUAUUAUUGCCAAUUUAACCACCUUACCAGAGGAAACUAAUGGUGGUUCUCAAUCAGUUAAUGAUUUGAAAAACUAUGCAGAUUUGAAAGGUCCGAACGCAGAGAAUGCGGCUAAAGAUAAAGAAACAAAAGAAGAUAUUACUUUGUUUGGCGAGAAGUACGUCCUGAAUACUGAAUUGAUUUCCUUUUUGAAAAGUAAAAUACAGAGCCUGAGCCUCAAUUGCAAACAACAAGUGGUAAGGGUGAUCUAUAAUAUAACGCGCUCAAAGAAAUUUAUUCCUCAAUGCAUUGCACAGGGCGGUACUACUAUCAUUUUAGAAUAUCUAGUCAGCAAGCAAGACGUAGGGGAGGCGAUACGGAUUUUAGGAUGUCGUGCCUUAUCAAGAAUGCUAAUAUUCACCAAUCCAGCAUUAAUAUUUAAGAAGUACUCUGCAUUAAACGCUAUUCCUUACUUGUUUGAGUUGUUACCAAGGUUAACACCCGUGGACGACAAUCCGUUGCAUAACAACGAGCAAAUAAAACUGACAGAUAAUUAUGAGGCGUUACUAGCUCUGACCAACUUGGCCUCAUCAGAAACUUCUGAUGGUGAAGAAGUUUGCAAGCACAUCGUUUCCACAGAGGGUUAUUGGUCCACAAUUGAGAACCUGAUGUUGGACGAAAAUGUCCCGUUGCAAAGGUCAACAUUGGAGCUUAUAAGCAAUAUGAUGAGUCAUCCGUUAACAAUUGCUGCUAAGUUUUUUAACCUGGAAAACCCUCAAAGUUUGAGAAACUUCAAUAUUUUGGUAAAACUACUACAACUAUCCGACAUCGAGUCCCAACGAGCUGUGGCCGCUAUCUUUGCUAACAUCGCCACUACUAUCCCAUUAAUAGCUAAGGAACUCCUGGCCCAGAAGGAACUAAUCGAGAAUGCCGUUGAGGUAUUUGCGGAUCAACUUGACGAUAUUGAACUAAGACAAAGAUUACUCAUGCUAUUUUACGGACUGUUCGAAAUGAUACCGGAUGACACCUCCAACGAGAAGUAUCCCUUGCUGCAAGAAAACCAGAAACUAAAGGAUGCCCUGAAUAUGUCUUUGGAGAGAAAUGACUUGGGGCCAGAAUUUUCAGCAGCGAUUCCUUCUAUUCUCUCCAAGAUUAAAUAA